GAGUGGAAGGACGUGACGAUCCUACUCACGGGCUACAGCCGCGAAUUCCUGCCGGAGAAGGACGACGUGCCCAAGCUGCAGUACGUGCAGCUCUCGUCGGCCGGAGCGAACGCGAUUGUCUCGGAUCCGUUGUAUACGGAUACAGAUGUGGCAUUCUGUACUGCGAAUGGGGUUCACGGCCCCCAAAUAUCCGAAUGGAUCAUCGCAACAUUUUUGUCUUUCCAACAUCACAUUCCCGCCUACCUGCACAAGCAGAAACAAGGCAAGUGGAUUCGAGGCACUGAGCCCAUUGUUGAUGCAGUCCAGCAGAGAGUAGGCAUCUUGGGCUACGGCAGCAUCGGCCGCCAAACGGCACGCGUGGCUAAAGCAAUGGGCAUGGACGUCUACGCAUACACGCUGCACGAGCGCAAGACCCCGGAAUCCAAGAAGGACAACUCGUACACACCGCCUGGGCUCGGCGACCCGGACGGCGCCUUACCCUCCAAGUGGUUCUACGGUGAGAGCACCGAGGAGCUGCACGAGUUUCUCGGGUCCGGCUUGGACCUGCUGGUCGUCGCGCUGCCCCUGACGCCCAAGACCACGGGCUUGAUCGGCACGCCCGAGUUUAAAGUGCUGUCGGCCAAGAAGACCUUUGUGUCCAACAUUGCCCGCGGGCCCAUCAUCAAGACGGACGACCUGAUUGAGGCGCUGGAGGGCGAGGUCAUUCGCGGGGCCGCGCUGGACGUGACGGACCCGGAGCCUCUGCCGAAUGGACAUCCUCUCUGGAGCGCCAAGAAUGUGCUCGUCACGCCGCAUGUCAGCGGUGCUUCUACCCACUACUUUGAUCGGGUCUGGGGCAUUGUGAAGCUGAACCUGGAGCAGCUGAGCCAGGGUAAAGAGCUUACGAAUAAGGUCAACCGGAAGGAGGGAUAUUAA